AUGGGAUAUACAGAGGAGGAACUGCGUGGGCGGUCGGCUGGUGGUGGCAGGAUUCACGUCCUGUACGACCCGCGAGAGGCAGAGGGGGCCCGAGCAGAGCCUACGAUUGAAAUUGUGGCAGUCCAUGGGUUGACUGGCCACUGGCUCCGGUCCUGGACGGCAGAUGGAUCUGAGUCGACCUAUUUCUGGCUCGCGCAGGCCCUCCCGCGGAGCUUCCCAACCGCGCGAAUCGUUUCAUGCGAGCACGGGGGCCUGCGCGAAAACACAAUCGAGAGCCUCUUGUGGGAUCUCCUCGGGGACCGAGAAGCGUCCGGCUGCGACCAAGUACCGAUCGUGAUUCUGGCGCACAGCUUCGGCGGGACGCUGGCGAAGCAAAUCUUCAUUGCCUCAUCGCCGUCGCGCAAUCCUAGCGAGGAGGCACAGAAGCUGCACUGGCACAUCAAAGGGUUCAUGUUCUUCGGGACUACUAAUGCUGGUCGUCCCAGUGAGAGAUGGAGUUUCGCUUUCCGUAGCAGCGUCCCGUGGGUCUUGGUCCCUGGCCAUCGCGCAGACCCUGCGGCUUUGAUCGAGUACCUUGAACAGGUCGAGGCAGUAAACAAGGAUUUCGACAGUUGCGGCGGCUCCCGGGUCCCAACCGUGUGCUUUUACGAGACGAAGCCUACACGGAUCUGGGGCUGGUAUGGUGUCAUACUGGUCCCCAAGGAGAUGGCAGUUGCUCCAGAAGCGGAGUCAUUCCCUCUGGACGCCGACCACGAGAACCUGGUACGUUUCUGGACCUACUUCGAUCCCUCGCUGGAAGUGGUCAUGGAGUCCCUCGGACAGCUUGUCCCGAAGAUGAUGCACUGGGAUAAAAGCAUACUCCGUGGUGCUCUCAGCCCGCCAGUGCUAGCCAGGGACGGCAUCAGGAUUCUGUGCUUCGACGGCGGUGGCGUCCGAGGCCUCUUUUCGGCCACGGUUCUCGAGCACCUGAUGGAGGAAGUGCGCAAGAUCGACACCCCCAACAACUCGGACGCGCCUCGGCCGUGCGACUACUUUGACCUUAUCUGCGGCACGAGCACGGGAGGCCUUCUCGCCAUCAUGCUUGGGCGGCUGCGCAUGAACGUGCGUUCCUGCGCGCAUGCGUACGACGCCAUCUCCGGGAGAAUCUUCAGGACCACCCGGUGGCGAGUGCCUGGCCAACGAUGGUGGGAUGCGUACUGGAACAAGCCGUGGUUCUCCGGCACGACUCUUGAGAGCGAGACGCGAAACUUGGUGCACGAGUACCUGUCCAUCGCGGAGAGACGGGAUCUCGAAGGCCAGAGUAUUGAUCCUGACCACGUGCCUCUUAUACCUACCGUCUUCCCUGACACAUGCCGGACUUUCGUGUGCGCACUUCCCGAGUGCUCUCGAAACUGUCAUCGCCUCCGUACAUAUCGGCAUCCCAGGGCCAAUCCAUCGAUAGACUGCGCCAUAUGGCAGGCCGCAAGGGCCACGUCCGCGGCACCACUGUACUUCCCCCCCAUGACCAUCGGAGACUACACCUACUUCGACGGGGGCAUAGCAAGCAACAACCCCAUCCUCGAAGCCGUCCGCGAAGCCGGUGCGCUGUUCCCAGACGAGCGGCCCGUGGCCAUCGUGAGCAUCGGAUGCGGGAGCGCCGCCCCCGUGGGACCAGGAGGCGGGAUUAAAGGCCUGCUCAGCAGCGUCCUGCAGCGGGUUUUCGAUGCCGACGCGAAGCACCACGAGUUCCUGGAGCAGUUCCCCGGGCUGGAGCGAAAUUACUUUCGCCUGCAGGGGAGCGAUGAGCUCGGCGCGAUAGACCUCGCGGCGUAUGAGCAGCUAGGCACGAUCCGGAGGAUGGCGCGGGAUUACGUGUCGGGAUCGGGACGGGCCAUCAUUCAGGAUUAA